CUCCGUAGAUUGUGCCCUUUUCUUUCGUCUUCUCCCCCAGCAUUUCCUCCUCACUUCUCUAUAAUGGCAGCCUAUGAAGUCUCUUCGAGCGCGUCGCAAGAAAGACAACCGUCCAUCGGCUUAAUAGGGAUGGGAGAGAUGGGCCGGAUGUACUGCAAAAGAUUCUCUAACGCGGGUUGGGCACACAUCAACGUAUGCGACCGGCCGGAGAACUUCGAGAAUCUAAAAGCAGACGUACAAGGCCUCAGUGGCGUAUCAGUCCUCAAAGAUGGCCAUCUCGUAUCGCGGGUCUCCGAUAUCAUCUUCUACUCGGUCGAGGCGGAGUACAUCGACAAGGUGGUAGCGGAAUAUGGGCAAUCAACCAAAGUCGGCGCGAUCGUCGCAGGUCAAACCAGUGUAAAGUCACCAGAGAAGCUCGCAUUCGAGAAGUACUUGCCGAAUGACGUGCACAUCGUCUCCUGCCACUCCCUCCAUGGACCGACGGUGUCAACGGAAGGCCAACCAUUGGUGCUGAUCCAGCAUCGGGCACCCGACUGGGCAUUGCAUGCGAUGGAAAACCUGCUGGCAUCAUUUAAGUCCAGAUACGUCUACCUAACGUACGACGAACAUGAUGUCGUGACUGCGAAUACUCAGGCGGUCACACAUGCCGCUUUUCUUAGUAUGGGAACGGCCUGGCAUUGUUCCAUGUCAUAUCCAUGGGAGAUGGGCCAGUAUGUCGGUGGCAUCGAAACGGUCAAAGUCAAUAUCAUGCUGCGUAUCUAUGCGAACAAGUGGCAUGUCUAUGCUGGACUGGCUAUCCUAAAUCCUUCAGCGCGCAUGCAGAUCGAUCAGUACGCACAGAGCGUGACCGACUUGUUCAAAAUGAUGAUAUCAGGCGACGAAGUGGCCCUGAAGAAGCGAAUGUACGAGGCGAGAGAGAUCGUCUUCUCUAGCUCUGAGAAGCAACGACCGCCAAUCCUCCUGAGUGAGGAGAUCCUGGAUCGAUUUAGCCUCGGCGUCAGGCCGCAGACACCAACUCGACCAAGCGCAAACUCGCAUCUGAGUCUCUUGGCCAUGGUAGACUGCUGGGCAGCUCUGCGAAUAUUACCGUACAAGCAUCUAGACUUGGCAGCAACCCCAAUCUUCCGGAUGUGGAUUGGUGUUGCCGAAUAUCUUUUCCGAUCAAACGACCGCCUCGACGCAGCGGUGCAGGCAGCGGUGCAUGACGUUUCUCAUCGUUCGGACGACCUCGAGUUCGUAGUUGCGGCCCGGGGAUGGAGCCAGUGUGUCUCUUUUGGCAGCUUUGAGCUCUACCGAGAGCGUUUCACCCAUACCGCGACAUUCUUCGAAUCGCGCUUCCCAGAGGCAAAUCGUGUCGGAUCUCAGAUGAUCAAGGCAAUUCUUGAAGCCGCAACAUGA